ACUUUGCCUGUUGACGUCAGCCUUUUAAAUAAUAUAAACAACGAUUCAUUUCAAAUCCAGUUUCGAAUGUGCCUGGGCAAAGAUAACACGUCUCGUCACAAUGACGAGUAGACUAUUAUUAUGUCUCUUAAUAUUGUGCGUUACAUCAAAUCUCGUGUACUGUAGAUUUGGAUCCAGAAGUAGUGGAAGAUCAAGUUCUAGUGGAAGCCGCUCUUGGGGACGGAGUAGUAGUAGUUAUUCUAGACCUUCGUCGAGUUCGAGCUCGUGGCACAAGCCUAGCUACCCGUCAUCUUCGUCGGGAUUAUCUGGAUCAGGAUGGAGCAAGCCUAGCUACCCGUCAUCUUCGUCAGGACUAUCCGGAUCUGGGUGGAGUAAACCCAGCUACCCAAUAUCAUUAUCGGGAUUAUCCGGAUCAAGUUGGAGUAAGCCCAGCUACCCGUCAUCUUCAUCUGGAUUGUCCGGAUCAGGUUGGAGUAAGCCUAGCUAUCCGUCAUCUUCAUCUGGAUUGUCCGGAUCAGGUGGGAGUAAGCCUAGCUACCCGUCAUCUUCAUCUGGAUUGUCCGGAUCAGGUGGGAGUAAGCCUAGCUACCCGUCAUCUUCAUCAGGAUUGUCCGGAUCACCAUGGAGUAAGCCCAGCUACCCGACAUCUUUAUCAGGAUUGUCCGGUUCUGGCUUAAAUAAACCGAGCUACCCAUCGUCAUCAUCAGGUCUGUCUGGGUCAGGGACAAGUAAGCCAGCAUUACCGAGUUUUAGUUGGAACAAACCAAUUAAACCGUCUUUAUCUUUAGGGUUACCUGAACUACGUCCGAAUAAACCGAGCUACCCGUCUUCAUCAGGACUGUCUGGCAGUGGGUCAAGUAAACCUAGUUAUCCGUCUUCAUCGACAGGACUAUCAGGUUCGGGAUUACAAAAGCCAGGUUUAACUGGUACAGGGUCUCAUAGCUAUCCUCCAUCAAUUGGCGUGGCUGGCAGUGGAAGAACUAAACCACCGUCAUAUUCUGGAGCACCUCAGCAUCCAACUUCGAACGGCAACAGUUUUAAUAAGCCUUCAUAUGAAACACCGUACCGUCAUAGUCAUAUCUCCAAUUCUCAUUCUGGUUAUGGAAGCCACAAUGGAGGAUUUGGCAAUACACAUACGACUUAUGUGCUACCACCAAAUUAUCAUACGUAUCCCCAGUAUGUGUAUGUAAGUGAGUAUCGAAAUUCAGGAAGUCGGUAUGGAGACAUUUUGACGGGACUCGCUUUGUACAACUUGGGUCGAUCUCACAGCCACCACUACCACGAUCAUUAUUACUACGAUGAUUACUAUGAAACAAGACGUCACUCACCGAGUUACACAGGCAACAGCUAUGUUAACAAUCAAAUACCUAAACAAAAAGCGAGAUGCACCUUAAGAGUUACGGAAAAUGGAAGACUAGAAGUGUUGAAAAUACCGUGUGAAAUUGUUACUACAUUCGUUGAAGAUGGUAAGCGUUCUAAUUACACACAGACACAAACAAAUAGUACAGUUUGUUUUACUAACACCACUACUGUAACUGUAAAUACUACAACGGCAACAGUGAUCCCAACAAAUACCACACCAGCUGUUUCAAACAAUUCGCUUACUGUCACCACACCAUUGCCUGCUUUAUUACAAAAUACAACAGAACAGACUAGAGCAACAUUAAAUUUAACCGAUUCAAAUAUUCAGAACAUAACAUUUAGCACACCUGUUUCAAAUAUCACAGCACUGGAAACUCAAAAUGUUACAGUAUCAGAGGCUUCCGAAUCACAAAACAUCUCAGUCAAACGACUAAAUCCGCAGAACGCUACAUUAGAUAUUACUCGGCUAAAAAAUGACACCGUACAACAUUCUACAAAUAAUACUACAACUGUAAGAACUGACCCGGCAACAUUAGUGACAGACGUCAGUAAUAUUACAACUGUAAGAAUUGACCCGGCAACAGUAGUGACAGACAUCAAUAAGUCUAAUCAAGAUAAAGUGCCAAACACUAGCAAUAACACUAUGGUACCUUUGACUGUAACUACGGUUAACUACACAACAUGCACUUCAGUCACAAACACGACCGACCCCCUUCAGGUAAAGGGCCCCCCAGUAAACGCAAAUAACAUGAAAUGUGCGGUAGAAAUUGUUACAAGCGAACAUCUCAUAAGAAACGAAGUUGACUGCAGUGUUCUAAUGAAAUAUUCGAAGAUGCCGGAGAAAGAAAAACCAAAAGAAAAUAGAAGCAGUUUUUUGCCACCAAAGAGUACAAUAAAAUCUUGGCUUAAAAAUCCUCCAUGGUGGUUGUCUAUAUUUAUUGCAGUAUGAGAGAAAAUGUGCAAAUUUAUGGAUGUGUUUUAAACAGUGAUUAAUGAACUUAUGUUAAAAAUGUUCCUAUUAUAGACUGUUAGUACUUAUAUAUGAAGUAGAGUUCUGUGAAUGUACCGUUAUAUGAAGUAAUAUUCUACAAAUUGUAAUAUAUUAAGUGAAACUAUGGUAUGAAAUAAGGUUCCAAGUAAAAAUAAAU